UGCAUCGACUAUCUGAUAACAAAACAAAUGAGUUUUAUAUUCGAAUUAAUUACUUCAUUUGUGCGCAAAAUGCUGGAGCUGCUGACAUUUGGGGGUAAGACAUUGAAAAACACGCUUAAAAUCUAUGUAAAAACAAACACUGGCCGCACGCUGACGGUGAACUUGGAGCCGCAGUGGGACAUCAAAAAUGUGAAAGAAUUGGUGGCUCCGCAGCUGGGACUGCAGCCGGAGGAGGUGAAAAUCAUAUUUGCCGGCAAAGAGCUAAGUGAUGCAACCACCAUAAUGCAAUGCGAUCUGGGCCAGCAAAGUACAUUGCACGCAAUUCGCAUGCGACCGCCCACUAUACAGCGGGAGAAACUUCUUUCCAUGUCGUUUGAGGAGGAGGAGCCCACAGGGACACCAACCGAAGAAGCCUCCAAGCCGCUUAACGAAACCCUGCUGGAUUUACAGCUGGAGAACGAUGAGCGACUAAACAUCACCGACGAAUAUCGAGUCCGUGCCAAGGCCCACUUCUUUGUGCACUGCGGGCAGUGCGAUAAGUUGUGCAACGGCAAGCUCCGAGUACGCUGCUCGCUCUGCAAGGGAGGCGCCUUCACAGUACAUCGCGAUCCCGAAUGCUGGGACGAUGUUCUCAAGCCCCGACGCAUACCCGGACACUGUGAGAGCCUGGAGAUCGCCUGUGUUGACAAUGCGGCUGGCGACCCGCCCUAUGCCGAGUUCUAUUUCAAGUGCGCUGAGCACGUCUCGGGCGGAGAAAAGGACUUCGCGGCGCCACUUAAUUUAAUUAAAAACAAUAUCAAAGAUGUGCCCUGCCUGGCAUGCACGGAUGUAAGUGAAACUGUUUUGGUCUUCCCCUGCGCUGCCCAGCACGUCACCUGUAUUGACUGUUUUCGGCAAUAUUGCCGUUCGCGUCUCGGCGAACGCCAGUUCAUGCCCCAUCCGGACUUUGGCUACACUCUGCCUUGUCCUGCUGGCUGUGAGCACUCGUUUAUUGAGGAAAUCCAUCACUUUAAGCUGCUGACACGCGAGGAGUACGAUCGGUAUCAGCGAUUUGCCACAGAGGAGUAUGUGCUGCAGGCUGGCGGCGUUCUCUGCCCACAGCCGGGAUGCGGCAUGGGAUUGCUCGUGGACCCCGACUGCCGCAAGGUGACCUGUCAAAAUGGCUGUGGUUAUGUGUUCUGUCGCAACUGCCUGCAGGGCUAUCAUAUUGGGGAUUGUCUGCCCAACGGGGGCAGUACCAGUGCCCCCAACUCCUGCGAGUACGCCGUGGACCCGAAUCGCGCGGCCGAGGCUCGCUGGGAGGAGGCCACCAACGUCACCAUCAAAGUCAGUACCAAGCCCUGUCCAAAAUGUCGAACGCCCACUGAGCGCGAUGGCGGCUGCAUGCACAUGGUCUGCACACGCGCUGGCUGCGGCUUCGAGUGGUGCUGGGUCUGUCAGACGGAGUGGACCCGUGACUGCAUGGGCGCCCACUGGUUUGGCUGAGGAUUCACCAAGUGCAUCCUUGAUAUGCGUUUAUUCCGUGUUUCGUUUGUUGACUAUUUCUAAAUUUCCGACCUUUCGAGUACGAGUAAAAACUUUUUGCAAGCAGAGCACCCUGUUUGUUGUCUACACAAUCAAUAGCAGAAACACCCUUGACUGGGAUCCGACUGGAUUCGCACCCAUCUCCAUCUGCAACUCCAUCCUACCCCACUGUAAUCCUCCGUUGCGUGCGCACACUUUGUUUACGUUUUUUUUUCCCUGUCACCUCCCACAAAUAUUUUGAGGGCUUUCCUCUUUCGGUUUACUGUCGGAAGCAAGCGGAAACCGCAACAAACACGUGCACUGGGCCGCAGAGAGAGAGAGAGAGAUAGCUGAGAGUGCGCAGUGGCCAGGAGACGGGAGAGUCCUCAAGAAACUCAGGCGCGUAGCCAGAAGUGGACACCAUAAGAAUUGAUUUCGUUUUUAAGGCGGUUCUGUCUAUCUGAAAUUUGUUGGUAGCUUUCAGUAGGGAACCAUGCCUGUAACUAUUGCUGUAAGGGAUGGAUGAAUGCACCCCUGCUACUAUAAUCAAUAGCGCACACCUCACCUAUACCCAACUCAUAAUAAUCCUAUAGGUGCUAUCUUUCAGGUUGACUUUCCACCUUUUGGCUUAUCGGUCAUCUGAGGUCGGGGCCCGCGAAAUGCCGCAGGGGUUCAGUGGCCAAAUAAUUUGCGGGUAGCUUCGCUUAAAGCUCUGUUCGUGCGGCUGCCCCGGAAAGCGUGCUACGGCUUUGCAUAUUGAUGCCAGUCUGUUCCGUUCCUAUCCCGGACAUCGAUAAAUCGAGCCUAUACAUACCUCGUGCCUCGUGUGUGCCUCAUAAACAUUCAAAACGUGGGAAACCCCCAAACGGGAAUUUUGCGAACAUUUUCCCUGCGCACUUGCUUUCUCUAUCUCUCUCUAUCUCUCUCUGUCUCUCUCUCUCUCUCUAUCUAUCACUUGCUACCGCGCGUUGCAAGUAAUAUGACGGUCUAGAUACCGCUCUGUUUUUGUUUGGUUUCUGUUUUGUGCUCUAAUUCGUAAGCAAAGCAAAGUGAAUAAAUUCAAAAUUUUGGAGAGCGAUAGCGAGAGAGCGCCAGCAGCCCCAAAGUGCAACCACACUCUCAACUUGAUGCUCGGCUAGCUGUCCCGCGCAUGUGGCAGCUUGCCAUCGAAUCGGGUCACAUAGCUCUACUACGAGCACGAGCAUGUGCCUCUGCUGGGCUCGGGGUUCCGUACCGUACCCAGUGCAGCUGCGAGCUGUGCCGUUUACUGUUGUCGCUUGGCUCGUCUCGUACUUUUUUGCUCCUUUUUCAGCUGCCACCACGUCUUUUGCCAGCUUUUCUUGUUCUUGCCACAGGGGACUUCGGUCGCCCGUUCGCCAUUCGCCACACGCCAUUCGCCGUUCGCCGUUCGCCGUGUUGCAGGGCCUUCGGUGUAUAAAUGGAAGCGCGCCACCGUAUCGCAUUUCAGUCUACGUCGGACUUUCGCGCGCGCCACACAUGCUGCGUAUACGUAACGUUUGGCUACACUUCAGCAGCGUAGGUGGGCCUUUUUUUUAUCAGAGCAACACCACCGCCGCCGUGCGGCACUCUGGGAAGUGUGGUGUCCUCUGCUCUGCCACAGAGCUGAUCAUUUGGACACACGGCCACUCUUCUUCACGGACGCUCUUCGAUUUUUCCGCGAGAGUGCCGAAGAGAGAGCGCUGCCUGGCCGUGCUUCAGGGCCAUUGUGAACGGUUUUGUGGCAACAUUUGAAAAUGUAACGGUAUUUUUUUUCAUGUGAAAACGGAAGCAAGAGUUUUUGCUUAAAUAUUUGUGAUGUGAAAUGAACUAAGCCCAGAAAACAAUAACAAAACCAAAAGGAACUGGCUUAAGAAGUUCAAAAAAACAACUUUCAAAUAAAUUCGAAUAUCAAGAGAAUAGUUUGAACCAUUCAGGAGUGGAUUUCACAUUGGAUAUUUGG